AUUCUUCUUUUAUUCUCACGUUAAUUGUAAAUCGUUUUGUAGCAAACAUGGGUGAAGUUUCAAUGGAAACAGUAGCGUACGCUAAAAUAAUUUUGCACGCGGCGAAAUACCCGCAUUGUGCUGUAAAUGGCGUGCUCUUGGCCGAUGGGUCUAAGACACGAAGUGGCUCUAAAAACCAGGAUCUGGACAUUGUGGAUACCAUCCCCCUGUUCCAUCACAGCCACAACCUAUCACCCAUGGCAGAAAUAGCGUUAACCCAGAUAGAAGCAGCAGCACAAGCUGAUAACCGCAUUAUCGCAGGCUACUAUGCAGCCAGUGAAAACUUUAGAGAGAAUACAGUGGAGAAAUGCCCAGGGCAGAGGAUUGCUGAGAAGAUUGUGGAGUACUUCCCUUCUGCUAUUUUUGUUGUGGUGGACAACAAAAAAGUAGUCCAGAAUAUGGACUCCCCAGCCAUCAAGCUGCACAAGUACAGUGAGGGGAAAUGGAAACCCAAGGACUCUGACAAAGUCGUGUUCCAAUCACCAUAUGUAUUGGAAACAGUUUCACACCUACUCCAAAGCAGCGUCCAAAGGGAUCUGGUGGAUUUUGACAACUACCUGGAUGAUCUCUCACAAGACUGGACCAAUCUAGGCAUUGAGAAGCUCAUAGCAAGCAUUAAUGCCUCUAAUUGCACUGAUGAUUGUACUAAAGACAAGGCCUUUCGGUAAUUUACGGACUUUAAGGGACACAAGUAAGUUUGAUUUGUUUAUAACAAGGACUACAUUUCGUAAAAGCACCAGACAGUGCAACGUGAACAGAAUUUUUCCAUACCAUACCUAGUUACUGAUACCGACUCAGAAAAUGGUAUAAAAAUGACAAUAUUGGCCAUAAAACUGCACUGACACAGCAACAUGCAUGAAGAAUUUGUCUAAUGGUGCUGCAAGUUCACUCAAGACGGGAACUAUCACAUCUGUAGUGGGAAUAAAUUCUCUAUCAAUUUAUCAUAGUCUGUGAUUUUAUGGGUGUACCAAUAUUGACAGAGUAAAACUCAAAUCAAGCUUACUUUUGUGUUAUCGCAUAUAGCAAAAUAUAGGUAAUAUAAGUAUUCAUAGAUAUUGUAAGGUAAAAUAUUUUGGUGGUUGUCGGCAUAUGGUGUGAAUGUGAUUUCUUUACAUUUUUAAGAACAGGGAAUAAGGUCGACAUGUUAGUUAAAACCAGUCAUUGUUAUUACACAGUAUGUGCAAUUUAGUAAAAAUAUUAUUUACUUAGCAGCAAAAGAACUAAUGACAAACUAGUAAGUGUUCAAUUC